AUGCCACCAAGUCGGCAACGUUCUACGGCCCCCGGACCCCCAAGACGUACAGAGCCUCAGUAAGUUGCGAACGUAGCCUAAUAAAUAACAGGGUAUGUAAAGUUUUUUUUUUCAAUUCUCGAAACUAAUUUUUUCAUCUACACACUUUUUAUGAUGACUAUGAAAAAUUUUUUCCGCUCGGCGUAGCAUGAUGCGCCACGUAAAGCCCCACGAGGGUGUGAAGUUUGCCUGCAAUUUGUGCAAUAAGUUGUUUAUACGAAAAGACACUCUCGCUUAUCAUAUGAAAGAAGUACAUCCCCAAGGUAGAACUAUAUCGUGCUUUAAUAAGGACAUCCAAGGUAUGUAUUCAAUUUUUUUAAGGACUAUGAAAGGGAUAUAAAUAAAUCAAUCAUAUUUUUAGUUGAUAUUAGCAAAAAUUCUCAAAUUGAACCAGACAUAAAUUAAGAUGUUAUCUCAACACCGUCCUCUACCAAAAGUAUUUGUUUAAUACGAUUAAUAUUUAUAAAUAUAUUAUUAUGAUUUUUUUUUGUUUGCAGUCAAUAGUUAUGGUAAUGACCAAAAAGAGAUUGCACUGGGAAUAAAUGUAGAUAAUAUUCAAGCCGGUGCGUCGACUAAUAGUAAUUUACACACAUGGGUAUUAUCAUUAGCUAUAUAG